CAUCUUCACAUAUGCGACGACACGGCCGAGGUGCGACGCGAGCGUCUCGCCCGAGAAGGCGUACGCGUCGUCGGUCAGCGCGUCCUCUUCGGACCUCUCGAGACAGUGCUCGCGCGAUUACAAUGUCCCCGCCGAGCUCAAUUCGUCCCGUUCGCCCCGCAUUCGCCCGGUCUCGCCUGCUACUCGCCAGCUUUUCGAGCGUUCGAAUUUUUUGCUCGCGAAGCCGCGUGUCCUCUAAUGUAGCGGGAUGCGUAAGGUACGCACGAGAAGCGAUCUCACGUUAUGUGGAGCACCGCAUAGCCGCGAGUCGUGCAUAUGGCUCUUCGCGUCCUUGACGGGCGAGUAAGGGUGGAUCGGUUUACCGCACUCGUCGCGCUGCUGCAGAUCUUAUUGACUGUUUUUCCGUGGGGAAUUCAGGAGACCCCCGGCUCUCUGCCUAUUGUUCAUUGUGAGACUGCAAGAGCGCGGACGGUAUCGGUAGUUAGUAGAUCUUAGAUGUAUUGACAUUUUCAAUCGAUCGCUUAGUGAUGGAAUCGGGAGAGAAGUUGCUCCCUUCACGGGGAUUGAAGCAAGUAAAAGUGGAUAACUGGGGCACAUUCUUUCUACAGAGACUUCAGCAAAUUUAUGCUGAUGAAGAACUGUUUGAUCUUAAAAUCAGAUUCCCCACUAGUGAGAUCACUGUACAGGCACAUCGGCUCGUAGUAUCAGUAUGUACAGACUAUUUUAUAAAACUGGAAAGUCAGCAGAAAGAAAAGGAUGAAAACUACGAUGGUAUAAUUGUCAUGCCUUCAGACAUGCCUUACGAGUGUGUUAAGUCUAUCAUAAGCUUUAUGUAUACUGGACAAUUGGAGUACUGGACGUCAGAGCAGCACGCGCUGUACCGCACCGCGCAAAAGAUGAAUAUGACGGUGCUGACGAAAUUACUCGACGCUCAAUUCAACACAAGCACUUUGCAAAGCGAGACGGCGAAGACCACUGUGCGCCCGGUCGUAGCCGUCUCGAAACCUCCAACACCAGCUAAAGUCUCCACCAGCUCGGCAUCGUCCACCAUGUCUGAGCAGCCGUUACCAGGUAGAAAACUCCCGAUUUGGAAGAGAAAGAUAGAAGAAUCUCCGGCGACAAACUACGAAUUACGAACAUUCCACGGCGUAUCCUCGAUCGGUAGACCUGUAGAAACUACUCCAGGUCCGUCCAGAUUCGAUCUGCCAGAGGCGGACGAGAUCGCUCUCGGGGUGUUCUCCUCGUUCGACGACAUCACAUAUAACACGAAGCCAAUCGUGCAAGCGUCCGACAACUACAAAACGGGAAGUUCCUCCCGCAAACGUUCGCCCGACAGGGACAGUAAAAACGACACUACCGAAGAUGAGGACGACGACAGUCAAGGUGACAAAGGCCUGAGGGACACAAAUUCGGACGACGAUUGGAGCAUAUCGAAGUCAUUCUCGAGAUCCCAGGACGGAUCGGCGAAGAAGGUCCGUUUCGAUCUGGAGGAGAAGGAGAACGUGGAGAAGCCCAAGUCGAACGCCCGCCCGAGCUCCGAGGACUCUAUCAACAAUCACGCGAAGAUCAUCAGGGAGGUGCUGAAGAAGUACCCGCAUCUGGUGAAGAACAACAAGAACAUCCGCCUGAAGAUCAUGCAGAAGGAGACCAAAUCUGUGGACAGCAACACCGCGUGCAAGACUAAGGUGUCCUACGUAGUCCUCAAAUCUGAUCACUUGUUAUCAAGCAACAACGGUGACGAGAACGAGUCCAAGUGCAACGGCAGUAUCGACGGCAACGAGACAGGCCCGUGGAAGUGCAACAAGUGCGACUUGGAGGAGGAGUACACGAAUUACUACAUGUACAGAAGACACAUGCAGGACGUGCACGAGGAGAAGUUCGAUCCUCGGAUCUGCGAGCACUGUGGCUACAAGGCGACCAAGCGCAACAUCCUCAUGUACCAUUUGUACACAAAGCACAACGUGCCCCCCCCUAAAAGCUUGUGCUUCCCGAAGUGUCAGUCCUGCUCGUACGUUGCCCUGUCGGAGAACCUUCUGGUGCGGCAUCAGAUCAAUCACGAUCACCGGCCGCCGUCCCGGCACCACUCGUUGCCCGAGGAGGUCCAUUGCGGUCAGUGCAAUCUGUCAUUCAGGACCCUCACCGAACUCACGACUCACCAGCUGAACACCGGACACGGCGGUAUGACGGACCCCAAGGAGAAGGGCCACCGUUGCCCGUACUGCGGCAAGAUGUUCGUGCUGAUGACGAACCUGCAGGUACACCUGGACUGUAAUCACAAGGAGCUACGAGAAACCGAGUCCACCACGUCCGCGCAGCCGAUAUCCUUAGAGCCGUCGUCCGAAGCGGAGGCACUCAGCCAUGUCGCCAGCGGGAUAGCCGCUUCCCUCGGCGUGGGAGACACGGUAGCGUCCGAGACGCAGGAGAGCAGCUCCAGCGAACAGUACAUCGUGCCGGAGAUGCAGCUGGACAACAUAGCGCAUAAUAUCAAUUACAACGAGCACGAGCUGGAGGGCCAGCACAUGAUCAUGUUGGUGAACAACGAGAAUUACCAGCAAGUGGAAAACGAUCAUCAGCAACAGCAGCCACAGCAGCUCGACAUUGCCGAUAACGAGCAGAUAGUGAUGCAGGGCACUGAGGACGGCAUGAUCGUGUACAUUCACGAAAGCACGAAGGACUCGGAGCGCCGUUCUUACGAGGCCUAUCAACCCGAGGACGUCUCGCAGGAGACCGAGGAGAUAGUUGAGGAAGUCGUCGAGGAGGUCGAGGAGGAGGUCAUGGAGGAAGAGGAGGAGAUGCAGGAGGUGCCACAGGACAUGUUGGAGGAUUGUGCUGAUAAUCAGGUGGAGGAGGUGAUACAGUACGUCGAGGAGCAGACCGAGAUUGUGGAGUACGACGAGGAGCAAUGCAGCGAGCAGAGCAACGCCACGGACGAGGGUCACGAGUCCGUAAUGAUCAUCGAGGAGGAGCAUGUCGAGGGGGAGGAGGAGGAGGAGGAGGAGGAGGUGGAGGAGGUGGAGGAGGAGGAGGACACCGACAAGUCGGUGAGCAAACGACGCGGCGGGAAGAAGGUGCGGAGCUUCGCCACCGAGUGGGACGACGACAGCAUGGAAAUGACGGAGUCAUGAACGUCGUAAUAUCGGAUCUUUCGUUCGCUUGCAAUAUGUUUGUUAUAUAUAACUUUCACGAUCGCUACGGAUUUUAACGAGACGUCAAGAGCGCUUUCGGCCAAUUUUCCUUUCAACGUUUUAUCCACGUAAUCUGUUUGUUCGUUAGCGAAUUAGUGGCGGACGGUCGGCGCACGCUGCGCGUUGCUGCACGUCUUGCUGUUGUAAUUAAAAAGGUUACGCACCGCCAUUCUCGACUUCGUAAGGCUGAAAAUCAUGCAAACCCUCGAUCCCAAGGGAUGGUAAGGCGCAUGUGUGACGCGACGCGCACUUCGCCGACCGGCGCCGUGAGAAAUUUAGCGAUGUAAGACGGAGGAUUUCGAAUUAACGAAAUCAUUAAUUACAUUUAUUAAUAAGCGACCCCGGGACUAAAGGUAUAGAGAUAUCGGAGAUACUGCUUCUACGUGUGAAUUCUAUUAUUGCACAAACAACACACAUGUAUCUUCUGGAUUAUUAUGAUUUCCGCGUAUGAUUCGGUUGAAGCUUCGAACGCCGUGUAAUUUGCGACGGAAUAUUCUCGGGAUGGUGGAGCCCGGUUUGCGGUAAAAACCCGCUUGGAAAACUUGCGUCUUAAAGUAUAGAUCUUUUAGUAUGUUUUAUACCGUAUGUAAAAUUACACACAUACAUACACACACACACACACGAGU